AUGUCGCCAUUUCGCGACUGUGCGAGCCGAGAGCUCUUCGCCAUCCCUUCACCCUCCAAGGCAAGGAGGCUGAAACGUUGGGCCCACGAUGCUUUGAGUGUGCCAUGGGGUAACACCAACUGCCCGCCAUCUGCCUUGGUCCUCCACACCUACCUUUCUGGCCCCAAUGCCAACUUUCAUGGCAUCUGCUGCUAUGCUGUGCUCCGCUUGGAAAUUCAAUGGCAGCGCGGCUUCGAGCAGGGAAUAGCAUUCCUCGGAGCGAACGGAUGUCAGGUCGCAUACACCCUCUGUGGCUCUUUCAAGAACCGAAUUGUAGCGUCCGCCGCCCGAGUGGUAGAUUAUAACCUAAUACAGGCAUAA